CCGCCCCGCCGUGUCCGGUCCCGCCCCAGCCAUGUCGGCCCCGCGCAGACGCCCCGCGGCCGCAGCCGGGGGGGGCCCCGAGGGGGCGGCCGAGGGGGGAGCCCCCGCCGGAGCCCCCGCGCCCGGCGAUGCGGAGCGGGGCAUGGCGGCCCCGCCGCUCUGCCUGCGCCUGCUGGCCGCCGCCUUCUACGGCCUCAGCUCCUUCCUCAUCGUCGUCGUCAACAAGAGCGUCCUCACCACCUACGGGUUCCCGUCCUCGCUGUGCGUGGGGCUGGGCCAGACCGUGGCCACCGUGGCCGUGCUCUGGGCGGGGAAGGCGCUGCGGGUGGUCAAGUUCCCUGACCUGGACAGAAACAUCCCCCGGCGGACAUUUCCUCUACCUCUGCUGUAUUUCGGCAACCAGAUCACGGGACUGUUCAGCACCAAGAAACUGAACCUGCCCAUGUUCACGGUGCUGCGCAGGUUCUCCAUCCUCUUCACCAUGUUUGCCGAGGGGUUCCUGCUCAAGAAGAAGUUUUCCUGGAGCAUCCAGAUGACAGUAUUUGCCAUGAUCUUUGGUGCAUUUGUGGCUGCCAGUGCUGACUUGGCAUUUGACCUGGAGGGAUACAUUUUCAUCCUCAUUAACGAUGCCUUAACAGCUGCAAACGGUGCCUACGUGAAACAGAAGCUGGAUUCAAAGGAGCUGGGCAGGUAUGGGCUGCUGUACUACAACGCUCUGCUGAUGAUCCUGCCCACCCUGGGCAUUGCCUGCAUCACUGGGGAUGCUCAGAAGGCAGUGGAGUUCCAGGGCUGGGCUGACACCUUCUUCCUGCUGCAGUUCCUCCUGUCCUGUGUGAUGGGGUUUAUCCUGAUGUAUUCCACAGUUCUUUGCACUCAGUACAACUCUGCUCUUACAACUACAAUAGUUGGCUGUAUUAAGAAUAUUUUAAUAACCUAUAUUGGGAUGUUUUUUGGAGGAGAUUAUAUUUUUACAUGGAUGAACUUCAUUGGUCUAAAUAUCAGCAUUGCUGGGAGCCUGGUGUACUCCUACAUCACCUUCACCGAGGAGCAGCUGAGCAAGGAGCCCGAGGCUGGCAGCAAGAUGGACAUUAAAGGGAAGAGCUCGGUGUGAGCAGGGAGAGGCUUCUCUGGAACCAACCUCUUCCUGCUCCUUUGAUCAGGGCAGGAGUGGGGGGGCUCUGCAGGAGCCCCUGGGGAUGCUCUUGAUUUGCACAGCUGAGAUUGCUGCCUUCCCAAAUCCUGGGGGGGCCCUGCAGCCUGCACGGGGAAGGAUCAGCCUGAUUGGGUCUGAUUGGGAGCAAUUCACGGGUUUCUAAUCGAGCUGGGGGUUGGCACUGGAGAGGGCACAGGGCUGGAGUUCUGGGCACAGGGCUGGAGUUCUGGGCACAGGGCUGGAGUUUUGGGCACAGGGAUGGAAUUCUGGGCACAGGGCUGGAGUUCUGGGCACAGGGCUGGAGUUUUGGGCACAGGGCUGGAGUUCUGGGCACAGGGCUGGAGUUCUGGGCACAGGGAUGGAGUUCUGCCCCCUGGGCUGGAGUUCUGCCCCCUGGGCUGGAGUUCUGCCCCCAGGGAUGGAGUUUUGGGCACAGGGCUGGAGUUUUGGGCACAGGGAUGGAGUUUUGGGCACAGGGAUGGAGUUCUGGGCACAGGGAUGGAAUUCUGCCCCCUGGGAUGGAGUUCUGCCCCAGGGAUGGAGUUCUGGGCACAGGGCUGGAGUUCUGGGCACAGGGAUGGAGUUCUGCCCCAGGGAUGUUCCAGGUUGGAGUUCUGCCCCCAGGGAUGGAGUUCUGGGCACAGGGAUGGAGUUCUGCCCCCAGGGAUUUAGUUCUGCCCCCAGGGAUGGAGUUAGUUCUCCUCCCAGGGAUGUUCCAGGUUGGAGUUCUGCCCCCAGGGCUGUUCCUGGGCUGUUCUGGCUGGAUUUGCCCCCAGGGCUGUUCUGGCUGGAUUUGCCCCCAGGGCUGUUCUGGCUGGAUUUGCCCCCAGGGCUGUUCUGGCUGGAUUUGCCCCCAGGGCUGUUCCUGGCUGGAUUUGCCCCCAGGGCUGUUCUGACUGGAUUUGCCCCCAGGGCUGUUCUGGCUGGAUUUGCCCCUGGGCUGUUCCUGGCUGGAUUUGCCCCCAGGGCUGUGCUGCUCCAAGCCCAUCCUGCUCCCCCUGCAAGGACAGGAACACCCUGGGAGCUGCUCAGAACCUCCUGGAUGAAUGUUCAGUGCUCUCUGCAUUUCAGUUUUAACUUUCCCUGUUUGUUUGCUGUUUGUUUGGCCCAUUAACCCACUUUCCAAGCUCACCUUGCCUUCCCCCCUGUGGAAUUCCCAGCAGGAAUUUUCCCCAGGGUGUUCCUGGCACUGCACAUCCAGGGACCCUGCCCAGGCUGCAGCUCCCUCCCCCUGCAAGGCACAGGGACUGAAAUCUUCUUUUUUUGGCAAGCACAGGGCCCCACAAUUCUUGUUUUCCAUGGAAUGAGUCACCCUGGCUUUGUGACCCACUAAAAGAAUGGGAAUUGUAACACACUGGGCAUUAUCCAGUGAUUUUUUUUUAAAGGUUGUCCUACCCAGCAUUUCUUUCCAGGUCUCCUUGGCUUCUCUUUCAGUUUAAAAAGAAUUUAUUUUUAAGCUUUUAGUAAAAUAAUGUAUUUAGAGAUUUUUUUGUACCCUAACAGCUUCUCUAGACACUGACACUGGGUUUUUUUAGGAGAUAUUUUCUUGAACUGGAACUGCUGUUGGGCAAAGCUGCAUUUGUUGGAGUUUAUUGGAAAUUUUUGGAUGGGAAAGAGAUUUUCUGUCAGGGUGCAGCUCCAGCCUGUGUGUGGGGAAGCUGCUGCCUGCUCCUGGAGCAAUCCCAGAGCCACAAUUCCCUUUUUUUGUGGGAUUUUGUGGUGCCAGGGGCAGCUGGGGUGUCCUGGAGCAGCCCCUCAGCUCCUUCCCCCUCUGAGCACAGUAAAAAAGAAAUCCCUGAUUAUUUUAUCUCCCAAAAUUCCAGUAAAACCUUGGCUGUGUCCCAAGGGGGCUGUGCAAAGCCUCCCAGUCCCUCCACUGGUUCCUGUACUGGUUCUAUCCAGCAGCUCCUGCCUCUUGCUGCAGCAUUCCCAAAUAAUUCCCAUUUUUCCCACUUGUGCCCUGACUCUGCCCUGCUGAGUUCACAGCCAGGAGGUUGAUUUUUGUCAGAGGGUUUUUUUUAAAAAAUAAUUUUCUGUUUGUUUUUGAAUCUACUGGUUAGAUUUGGAGUCCUAACAAGGAUUUUUAAAGGAUCCUGCACACUGGGAAAGCCAAGAAUUCCUCUAACAGUAUUUUCUAUGCUAUUAAUUGACUAAAAAAAAAAAAAAAAGUUUUCUAUAGAGAAUCUAUUUACAAAAUGAGCAUUUUAGUGAUGAAAAUCUGAAUGUAUGGCAGGCUGUGGAUGUGAGGAAUGAGAGCAGAAAGGAUUUAUGUGCCUCUGUAUUUUUGUAUUUGCUUCCAAUAAACCAAUGAACCAAA